AAUCCUCCCCUUCUCCCUUCCUGAAGCUGCACACUGCAGUAAGAGCACAGCAGAAAUGCAGACAAAAGGGGGCCAAACAUGGGCGAGAAGGGCUCUGCUGCUCGGCAUCCUGUGGACCACUGCACAUCUGCCUCUCCCAGGGACCUCCCUGCCCCAACGUCUCCCAAGGGCCACAGGAAAUAGCACCCAAUGUGUUAUUUCUCCAUCAUCGGAGUUUCCCGAAGGGUUUUUCACGAGACAAGAGCGCAGAGAUGGAGGCAUCAUAAUCUAUUUCCUAAUUAUCGUUUACAUGUUCAUGGCCAUAUCUAUUGUCUGUGAUGAGUACUUCCUCCCCUCCCUGGAAAGCAUCAGUGAAUCCCUUGGAUUGUCUCAGGAUGUUGCAGGCGCAACUUUCAUGGCAGCGGGUAGUUCAGCUCCUGAAUUAGUUACUGCUUUCCUAGGUGUAUUUAUCACAAAGGGAGAUAUUGGCAUUAGCACCAUUCUUGGAUCUGCAGUUUAUAAUCUCCUUGGCAUCUGUGCUGCCUGUGGCUUGCUAUCUAAUAUGGUCUCAACACUAUCAUGUUGGCCCCUAUUCAGAGACUGUGCAGCGUACACAAUUAGUGUAGCAGCAGUUCUUGGUAUAAUAUAUGACAACCAAGUUUACUGGUAUGAAGGAACUUUACUGCUUUUGAUAUACGGAUUGUAUGUUUUGGUGCUGUAUUUUGACAUUAAAAUUAACCAAUAUAUUAUAAAGAAAUGCAGUCCUUGCUGCACCUGUCUUGCCAAAGCUAUGGAGAGAAGUGAACAACAGUCACUGAUGGGAUGGGAAGAUGAAGGUCAACCAUUCAUUCGUCAGCACUCAAGAACUGAUAGUGGAAUAUUUUAUGAAGAUUCUGGCUACUCUCAGCUCUCUAUAAGUUUACAUGAUCUUAGUCAGGUUUCUGAAGAUCCACCAAGUGUUUUCAACAUGCCUGAAGCAGACUUAAAAAGAAUUUUUUGGGUAUUAUCCCUUCCUAUUAUUACAUUACUUUUUCUAACCACACCAGAUUGUAGAACAAAGUUUUGGAAAAACUACUUUGUGAUAACCUUUUUCAUGUCUGCAAUAUGGAUAUCUGCAUUUACAUAUAUCCUGGUUUGGAUGGUCACAAUAACUGGGGAAACACUAGAAAUUCCAGAUACAGUAAUGGGCCUUACUUUAUUAGCAGCAGGAACAAGCAUACCAGACACAAUUGCAAGUGUGUUAGUUGCAAGAAAAGGGAAAGGAGAUAUGGCUAUGUCUAACAUCGUGGGAUCCAAUGUGUUUGAUAUGUUGUGCCUUGGUAUUCCAUGGUUUAUUAAAACUGCAUUUAUAAAUGGAUCAGCUCCUGUAGAAGUAAACAGCAGAGGACUAACUUACAUAACCAUCUCUCUCAAUGUUUCAAUUAUUUUUCUUUUUUUAGCAGUUCACUUCAAUGGCUGGAAACUAGACAGAAAGUUGGGAAUAGUCUGCCUAUUAUCAUACUUGGGGCUUGCUACAUUAUCAGUUCUAUAUGAACUUGGAAUUAUUGGAAAUAAUAAAAUAAGGGGCUGUGGAGGUUGAUAUUAUUAAUAGUGUUAUGCAGAAAAUAUGAAUGGCAGGAGGGGCAGAGAGAAAAAUCCAUUUCUUCAUUUAAAUCAAAUUUUAAAAAUCCUGAACCUUAGAUCUAAAACUUACUUACAGUAAUUUAAAACCAACCAAAAUCACAUCCUAAUUUUUCUGAGCCCUUUCUUUUCAUGAAAAAUUACAUAUUGUAAAACAGAAGUUUUGGGGAAAAAAAAUCUAUGUUUUACCAUACAAUAAGUUGACAAAAACUGGAGAAACUAGAACAAACAAAUCCAACUACGUAGUACUGAAAACAACAAGAAAAUGGCUUAUU